AUGGCCUCAAAAGAGGAAGCCAGUUCCCUCCGACGAGAAUCAUCUCAGCGGCGGAAUGGCCAUACAACUUUGGCCGACAAUCCCUACAAUCCUAAUUCAGCUGCGUACUUGGCUUACCCUGUGAAGCACGUCGUUUCGAGUCUCUAUCGUCGCAUGACCGAACCCCCUGAAGUUCCUGUUAACAAACUUCUCGACGCACCCUCCAUGAUUCCCACCUCGGCGUCAGGUCUCUACACGCCUCCCAGAAGGACAGCGUCCCCCUUCCAACCUCCUCCCCUCACGCCCCUUGAGUUGAUACACUCGUUGUCUUCGAAGGCUGCAGAGUCGCUCCUUCUGACUCGCUCGCUGGCUGAAGAGAUUCGACUCCUGAUCCCGCCCAGACUCCAGCUUAUCGAUCAUUGGAAAUUGGCAUAUUCACUAGAGGCUCAUGGCUCGUCCUUAGCCACUCUAUACGAACAUUGUGCCAGAGUGUCUACCUACACUCAGCGCUCGGGCUAUGUGCUGGUAGUUAGAGAUGGUUCAACCUCGUCGGCACAUGGAUCUGUCUUUGGCGCAUACCUUUCGGAUGCUCCGAAACCGUCCCUACACUACUUUGGCACAGGCGAAUGCUUCCUUUGGCGGGCAAGCAUAUUGCCUGCCUUGAGACAUCUUUCGGGCAAUGCGAAGCGGGGCUCUGAACCUGCUCCAGAAGACUUACUGGAACUUGCUGGACUGCCUCCUCCGCCAAGUGCUGACACCACACAUCUCCAGCGCUUUACCACAAUUCGUGGAGACCGCCGCACCUCAGGCUCGGCUGCUGCAUUGCAGCAACCUGGGAGCGCCCAUCUGCAGCCUGUGCCUGACCGCUCCGGCGCUUCUACACCUGACCGCAUACGAUUCAAAGCAUUUCCCUACAGUGGGCUCAAUGACUUUUUACUCUAUUGUGAGUCGAGCUAUCUCUCCGUCGGUGGUGGCGAUGGGCACUACGGACUUUGGCUGGAUGACGAACUCAAUAGUGGUGUGAGUGAAUCGUGCCCUACAUUCGGAAAUGAGCCUUUGAGCGAAGAGGGCCGAAAGUUCGAAGUUCUAGGUGUUGAGAUGUGGUACGUUGGUGCAUAA